ACUAUUAUUAUAGUAAUAGUAGACAUAACUGUCCACUAGUGUAGUUACUAUUAUUAUUCCAAGUUAGAACCACUAUCAUUGGAACCUAGCAAGUAGCAAUCUACCUCUCUUCAUUGAGUAGGUAACUAUAUAUUAUAGUAGGUAACGGAUGUAUUAACAUUUUAAAUUUUGAACUCAAUUUCAACACCUGAUCAACGAUAUUUAAAGUUUAAUUCACGAUAUUGGUUAUUUAUUUCUCUAGUACGUUGUACGCGUAUAAAUAUUUAUAAUCACAAAAUGGCUAAUUUAACGGAAAACAUAUGCCCCGAGUUAAACAAGGAUCAGGUUGAAGACAUUUUGAAAAACGAUUACGGUUUUAUCGAUGGAAAAAUCCAAGAAUUAGAUGGUUACGAUGAUAAAAACUAUCACAUAACAGAAGUCAAAAAAUGUAUUGAAGAAAUUGAAUUUCCAACUGAUGGAAUAAUCAUAAAAUUCAUAAAUUCAAUAGACUCAAAAAACUUAUUACUUCUAGAUGCACAAACAAAACUUACUCAGUAUCUAGAACAUUCUGGAAUAUACUGUCCAAUACCUGUAUUUAAUAAAUACGGAAAUAGUUAUCGGUCUCUCGUUUUAAAUGAUAAAACACAUGCAGUCAGAGUAUACAAAUAUAUUAAAGGCGAAACUAUGAAUAAAGUUAAAAUCAAUUCUGAAAUAUCUACAAAUUUUGGUUUUUAUGUUGCUCAUUUAACAUCAGUUUUAAAAAAAUUUGAUCAUGGUGGAUUCCAUAGAAAUCAUUUGUGGGCUUUAGAGAAAUGUCCAGAAGUUUUAAAAUUUGUAGAAGUUUUUGAUCAAGAAAAACAGCAACAAACUAUUAUUACUGUAUUAAAUAAAUUUCAGUUUGAUGUUUUGUUAAAUGCUGAUCGACUUGAAAAAAGUGUUAUUCAUGGAGAUCUCAAUAUGAAUAAUAUAAUUAUGAAAGACAACACAAUUCUUGGUGUUAUAGAUGUAGGCGAUGUUGUCUAUUCAUUCACAAUUUUUGAUUUUGCUGUUGCACUAUGUUAUCUAAUUUUGCAUGAAUUUAAAGACAACAAUGCAAAGUUAUCUAAUGUACAAAUUAAGAGUUAUGUUGAAGCCUAUGAAAAAGAGUACAGAAUUUUAAAUGAUUUUGAAGUUUCAAUAAUACAUACUUGUAUAUGUGCCAGAAUUUGUCAAAGUUUGGUUUUGGGUAAAAAAUCAAGUUUGAGAGAUUUAUCAAACAGUUACAUACUAUCUACACAGAAAAAUGGGUGGAGAGCACUAGAAGAAUUAUUGAACAUCGGAAAAGACAAAUUUAAUAUGUUACUGAAACAUUAGUCAAAGAAAUUAAAUUUUAAAUCAUUUUUACCAUUAUUA